AGUUUCCUUUUAAGCAGGUAUUUGCUUACCACGUAACUGGGUGUUGAGUGCUAUUGUAGUUAUAAAGUUUGCUGGGCUCAGCUCUAGAUUUCCUUAAGACAUACUGCUGACAUCACUGAAUCUCCUCUCAGAUUCCUUUCCCUCUCUCUCCUGUUUCCUCCUUCAGUUGUUUGACCUGUCAUGACGAUAACAUCUAGUAAGGAAUCUGAACAUUGAUCUUUCACAGGGAGGGAUGGGGGACACCUGAGGAUUAGCAGCUGAGAAGGUGCUGAAGUCAAAGACCAGAAUCCCUGCCCUGAAGAACUUCAUAUCUAACAGCACAAGUGGAGUAUGAUACAGCACAAACAAGAGAUACAGCACUCCGAGCCUCAGAAAUGGAAAGUGUGACUUCAUAGUGAACUAGUGUCUGUUUAGACUUGCCCUCCUAAAGAGACAGAACUGAGGAACUGAAAAUGGGCACCACUCAAAUCAAUACAUCAAGUGCCCCACUCGUUAACGGUAUUAUCAGCGCUGACCUCAAGACACACAGACCCCGGGUGAUGUCCAAAAGUGGUCACAGCAAUGUGAGGAUUGACAAAGUAGAUGGUAUAUACCUGCUUUACCUUCAAGAUUUGUGGACAACGGUUAUAGACAUGAAGUGGAGAUACAAACUUACCCUGUUUGCUGCUACUUUUGUGAUGACCUGGUUCCUCUUUGGAGUUAUCUAUUAUGCCAUUGCAUUUCUUCAUGGAGAUUUAGAAAGGGAUCAUUUCCCCCCCAAACAUAUGCCUUGUGUCAAGGAAGUAAAUUCACUAACUGGGGCAUUUCUCUUUUCUUUGGAGUCACAGACAACUAUUGGUUAUGGCUUUCGUUUCAUCACAGAGGAGUGCCCUCAUGCCAUAUUCCUCCUGGUUGCUCAGCUGGUCAUCACAACCUUGAUUGAGAUCUUUAUCACUGGUACCUUCUUGGCCAAAAUUGCAAGACCCAAAAAACGGGCUGAGACUAUUAAGUUCAGUCAUUGUGCUGUAAUUACCAAACACAACGGAGAGCUUUGCCUUGUGAUCAGAGUAGCAAAUAUGAGGAAGAGUCUUCUGAUUCAGUGUCAGCUGUCUGGGAAACUUCUUCAAACCUAUGAAACCAAAGAAGGGGAGAGGAUCCUGCUCAACCAAGCCAGUGUCAAAUUCCAUGUUGACUCCUCUUCAGAAAGUCCUUUUCUGAUUUUACCUUUAACCUUUUACCAUUUAUUGGAUGAGAGUAGCCCUUUAAGAGAUCUCACACCCCAAAACCUAAAAGAAAAGGAUUUUGAACUGGUUGUCCUCUUGAAUGCCACAGUAGAAUCCACUAGUGCCGUCUGCCAAAGCAGAACUUCUUAUAUACCAGAGGAGAUCCACUGGGGUUAUGAGUUUGUGCCUGUGGUUUCUCUCUCUCAAAAUGGAAAAUAUGUUGCUGAUUUUAGUCAGUUUGAGCAAAUCAGAAGAAGUGUAGACUCUACUUUUUAUAGCAUGGACUCUGAAAAACAGAAACUAGAAGAGAGAUACAGACAGGAAGAUGAAAGAGAGAGAGGACUGAGAACAAUUUUGUUACAGCAAAGCAAUGUGUGAUUGUAUGUAGGGCCGGCUCCAGGCACCAGCGCAGCAAGCAGGUGCUUGGGGUGGCCAAUGGAGAGGGGCAGCACGUCCGGCUCUUCGGCGGCAAUUUGGCGGCAGGUCCCUCUCUCCUUCUCAGAGGGAAGGACCUGCAGCCAAAUUGCUGCCGAAGAACAAUGUGGCAGCGGUAGAGCUGCCACCAAAGUGCCGCCGAUCAUGGCUUUUUUUUUUCCACCGCUUGGGGUGGCAAAAAUGCUGGAGCCGGCCCUGAUUGUAUGAGCAAACUUUAACAUUAGUAAUGCCUAUUUACAAACUGAAACAAAAGCAUACAUUAUAUACUGUAUGGCUCUUAAGAAAAUGCAGCAGAGACCUCUUAAGCAAGUGCCUUGGUAUAGAGUAAAUCUGUCCUUUUGUGAAGUCAAGUUGUUAAUCGAGUAUUUGUUUUAAUUAGGUGGGAUUUCUUUGUUUAUCAUAAUGACUUAACAGAGUUGGAUUUAUUUUGAGAGUCUGCCUUGUACCAGCUGUAAGAUCAGACAUACUACUUUCCAUUUGGUAAGUGGAGUUUGAUACCGUGAGAAGAUUUCUUCACAUAGAUAUUUGCCAUCAUUUAAUUAUAACAGUGGGAUCUCAAAGUUAGCACACAGUGCUUCCAGAAGGAAAUAGGCUCCUUUAAAAUGUUUAUUUUCAUACCAGUGCUUUAUUUUCUUUAAGUGGUCUUAACUAAGUUAAUGUGAGAGAUGUGUGGUUCAAUCAAUGCAGACAUACUAUAGCUGGUAAACAGAUCCUUUUAUCCUGAAUGAGAGAAAAUGACUUGUACACUAAUAGCCCCGCUGGACUUUGUUAAAAGGGUGUUCUCAGCUCCAUUAGGGACCAUUAGUUUCUUGAACACUCAUUUGUUUUUUUACCAUGUUAAUGGCAGGCUUGUAUAUAACAUCUAGGGAGGGAGCUGCGGGCAGUUAACAUAGAAUCAAAACAGUAAUUAACUAAGUUAAAACUGGCUUUGCCAAGACUUUUGUUUUCAUAAAGUGUAAAUCAUUUCUAUUAGCAGCCUAACAAUACAUUUCUGAAGGUUGCUUGUUUUGCCAUGGGCCAUAUUUAAUUUUUGUUAAAUGAAAUCUUGAUGACAUCUGUAGCCAAUAUUUACUGUUUCUGGCCACUUUAAUGGACAAUCAUUCCUUUGAUCCAUUUCAGUUUUGGUCUAUUAAACCAUUCUAUUAAUAAAGGAAUGUAAUUUGAACGAUUGCUGAUUUCUUUGUGGCGCAGUCAGAGGGUGUGGUAGUUAGGAUAUGCUUGGCAUAUUAAUUUACAUACAGCAAAAGCAAAGAUUACAGAUUGACUCACUUUAACUAGUCAGGGAAUGGGGAGAAAGCUGUGGAGCAGUGAUGAAUUGGAAACAUACUUUCUGCAUGAAGAACAGCUAUCCGAUAUAAUUUAGAAAUGAGUUUCCUUUCAGCCCCAGGUGUGCUUUUGCCAGUGGCAGUGGUGAGCUCCAGAGGCCCUGAUCUGGCAAACCUGGUACAUGGAAAAGUCCCUGUUGUCCGGAGUGUGAGCUUUGGGUGUGUCAUGUAUGCAGGCUGGGCCUAGGUCUGGGAAGCGCUGGGUCCUGCCAUUAAGGUAAAUCAUUUUCGAGUUCCCUUCCAGCCCUACAUUUCUAUGAUUUUAUGCCAAGAAAAAUUUUAGCUCACUUGCACAUGACCAGAAUUAGAGCUGUGCAGACUCUAAAGCAGGGAUCUCAAACUCGAAUCACCACGAGGGCCACAUGAGGACUAAUACAUUGGCCCAAGGGCCGCAUCACUGACACCUUUUCAUAUAAAGAUACAAAAGCCUGCCCCCGCCCCCACUCCACCCCUUCCAUGAGGCCCCACCCCUGCCCCGCCUCUUGCCACCCCUGCCCCGCCCCCAUUCCCUUCCCCUGUUAUACCAAUAGAAUAAAAACCAGCAGGAUCUUAUUAAGAGGGAUAAGGCAAAGAUGCCACAUUUAUUGUAAAUAUAAUGGUAAAGCAAAAGAUAAAAGUAAACAACAUUGUUUGACCACUUAUUCCUAUCACUACUUAUUCCUUACACACACACACACAUAUAUAUAUAUAUAGAGAGAGAGAGAGAGAGAUUCAUUCACACAAUCAUUCAUUCAAGUUCUGUAUAGGUGUUAUAGUUACCAGCCUAGAAGUUGCUCAUGCCAAGUUACUGGCCAGGUAUCUUGGUCAUGAGGAUGGAGCCGAGUCUGUGUCAGAUGCACCUGAUACUCCUGGAGGUUGGCAGCAGAACCAGAGACUCAAAGCUAUCAGUCUUGAGAGUCCAUUCUUAUAGGAAUUAAUUCCUAUGUUAGUCUAUGGGAGCUGUUUCAUCCUGCUGUUGACUCAAUCAGCAGAUGGCACAUUCCUGGGCACAUUCUUGGUGGUUCCAAACUGUCCAAAGUUUGUGUUUCUCAUCCUUCCAGGUGAUGGGGUGGAUCCCAGUUUACCCUCCGGGGGUUGUCUGGUGGUCCACUUGACACAUUCUUCGGCCGAUGGAUACUCCCUUUCUAGGCUGGCACCUCCCUAACCAUUCAUGAAUAUCAAGCAUCAGCAUACAUUCCAUAUCUUAACCAUAUUUUAAUUUACUGUCUCCACCACUGUCGGGGUGUGUGCUAAUUCAUUUGAGACUCCUGGCCCUUUAAUCACAGAGGGUGGGGGUCUGUCCUAGGAGCCGGUGCUAUUACAAUGAAGUGAAAGUCAUUUAAUGGCUUAUAGUAUUUGUUUACAUUAUAUCAAUUACUUCAAGAACAAAGUCAAUUAACUUGUUUGUAAGUUUUACAUAGUAAUAAAGUAUCUUUCACAGUGUAGAUACAAUCAAUGGUUUCUACAGACAGUAGCUUACAAAUUUUAACAGAAGACCCAAGAGAUUUUUGUACUUGGUGAAACUGUUAGAUUUUAAAGUGUGGGGGAGAAAUUAUGAGGGGGUCACUGUCACUCGGGGGAAUCACUAUUAGUACCUUCUUUAAUAUCCCUACACCCCAAAGUCCCCGCCCCAACUCCGCCCCCUCCCUACCCAUAUUCCAACCCCUUCCCCAAAUCCCCGCCCAGCCCCGCCUCUUCUCCGCCUCCUCCCCUGAGCACGGGGCUCCCUGCUCCUCCCCCUCCCUCCUGGAAAGCACUAAGCGCCGGCAAACAGCUGUUUAGCAUCGGGAAGCACCUGGAGGUAGGCAGAGGCGCGGGGACAUGGUGAGCUGGGAGGGGGGGAAGCGGUGGGGGGUGGACAGCUUGGGACCCCUGCUCUAAAGGAUAUGUUCUAGCUGAACUACAAGUCACUAGGCUAGAUGCAGACAUCACUGGGUGCAAUGCUGUGGCCUGUACUACACAGGAGGUCAGACUAGACGAUUAUAAUAGUCCAGUCUGUCCUUAAACUCUGUUAAUCUACUUGUACCAAAUAAUAGUAGAAAGUUAGCCCUUUCUUCUCCUGCUCAUAAAUUAGCUUUGAGUAGACUUUGAUUUUGAAAAUGUGUUAAUGAUUUGAAACUGUACAACCCAUGAACAAAUAUGAAGAAAUUUCAGCCUAUGGGUUGUUUAUGAGCUAUUUGCUUCAUCAAUGUCUUCAACUCCUCGUUACUAGUUUUUCAUGCUGUUAAGCGGCUACCUUCCGCUGCAUCCCUGGGUAUCUUAGAAACAGGAAAAAAUAAAUUAAAGAGAUUUCGAGAGGGCCUUGAACACCUAUGGUGGGAUCCAAAAGGUACUUAAGUGCCUAAACCCCAGACUUAGGCAUCUAAGUCUCAGGGUUAAGUGCCAAAAUCCCAGUUUUCACUCCACUGUGAUCUACAAAACUCCUUCCAAACCCUGAAGGUGCUAAACUCACUUGGCACCAAAGUUUUCAGGGUAGAAGUUCCUUAGGUGCCUACGUUACUGCCUCUGAGCACAAGCACCAUUGCCUCACUCUAGGUGUCCGGAAUCCAGAUGCCUAUCUCCCACCUAAGCCCCAGAGUGAAUCACGAACUGAGAGAGGAUAGGCAUUCAGUUGCCUAUCUCAUGUGCAGGGCCCAAUCUGAGAGGCAGCCUCUGAGCGUGUCUACUGGAUCGGGUCCCAUUGGUCUCUCUAGCCCAAUAACUAUUUAAGGAUUUACCUACAUUGUAACAGUCGUUGGGCUAGAGAGUGAGAGAAUGACUCCCUAGCCUGGUGGUUAGGGCAUGCUUCUGGGACAUGGGAGAACCAGGGGCCAGUCCCCCUGCUCUGAUCACUCUUUCAUUAUUUAUCCCCAGUGGAACAGCUUCAACAGAAGAGGCUGAAGGAGCCCCAUGUCAGAAUAUCCCAUAUCUCAUGCUUAGAGCACCCUCCUAAGGGGUGGGAGAUCCCUGUUCAAAUUAUUCCCCCUCUGGAAGAGAGGGAGGAAUCGAACCUAGGUCUCCCCACAUCCCAGGUGAGUGCUUUAACCACUGGGUUAAAGGUUCUAACGUGGGCGGCAGCAUCACCUCCUCCACCAGCCAUUUUGUGUGGAGGCAGGUGCCUAACUCAUUCCUGCAAGAAAUGCCUUAGCCAUCUAUGCUGCCUGACCCUAAAGGCCACCCUAUAGUUAUUGGGUUCCUGUUUGUGAAUUGCUGAGUAGAGCUAGAUGCCUAUCUCUGAGAGAGGAGACGGGCUUAGCACACACUCCUCUGAUCGGUGUCCCACUAUUACCUAGCUUAGGUGGCUCCCUGUCUAGCAUUGGUGGCUUUUGUGGAUUCCAUUGCAAAGUGCCUGUCUCUCUCCAUUCAUUGUAUAAGGAGCCUAGGCACCUAACUCAGCUUUGUUGUUCCUGUGAUUUUUCUAGGUAUCUAAAAGUUAGGCACCAUGAUGCUCAGUUUUGCAAAGCCUAAGUCCCUUUGUGGAUCCCACCCUUAGAAUAUAGCACUGUGCAAAUGCAUUUGUACACGUAUUUGUGAGUCGAGUUAAGUGAAUAAUUGAUUUUUUCGUUCAGUGUCUAAACCGAAAAAUCUGGAAAAAAAAUUUGGUUAGUUUCAAACAAAGUGAAUUCUCACUGAAACCAAACCAAACAAAAAACAUUGUGUUUGGGUUGAACAAAAUAUUUAGACUGUCAUUUCAUUUUGCAAAUGUUGUUUUGAAACAAAAUGGCAAAAGGGAUAGUUUAAAAAAAUGAAUAUUUUUUCAGAGUUCGUUCAGCCAAACCUGUUCAUCAAAUUUAACCCAAGUAAUAGUUUUAGUACCCCUCAACAUGCAUUUUUUGGCAAAUUUACUAUUCACUGAAUUAUUAUUAUUUUUUGCCCCGUUCUACUUUGGAGGCCUUUGCUUUCUGAAGAAAUGCAAAACUUCUUGCAAAAAUGGCGCUCAUGUUUGUAUAAACAAAUAAAACGGGUUGUGAGCUCUGAAGUGAAUUCAUGAUUUUAUAUUCAAACAAAUCUCCACCGUUACAUUUGGUAGUAUUUGCCCAGCUCCAGUGAGAACACUUCCUAUGACAGACUGCUCUCAAUUCAAAACAGGUAUGACUGUGCAUCGAUUGUGUCUGAUCCAUAAUGUAAAGCAGCACAAAAGAAGGUAUUGUGUAGAUAGUAGAACUUGCAUAUUCGAUAUUAAAAUUCUGCCUGGCUGGAAUAUAACUAUCUGUCACACUUAUGUACAUUAUUACAUGAAUAAUGGAACGUUAUGCUCUUACUAGGCUGGUCAGCCAUCAGCCUAUUCUGUGAAAAUAUUAGAUUACCAUUUCAGGGUCUUCUUAAUGGAGAAGAUUUCUGCUGAACAUCCUGUACCUAACUGGCUUGGAAAAAUGUUUGAAACAUUUCCAGUGCUUUAUAUAGUCUGUCAGCGGAGGCUACUCAGAAUUGUCCUGUUCUGAGUCACCACAUAGUAAACAGAAACAAAACAAUGUAAUCCACAAGUAGCCCAGCAACUGUAUUUUGUAUAUACUGUAUCUAUUUUAAUAAUAAACUUUUUGAUGAUUAUUGCACACCUCAA